CACGCUGCCUGCUCUCGCCCGCCGUGAAAUCCGCGCGCGAAAGAGGCGCACAGUGGCUCCCCGCGCCGUCGCUCUAGCCUUGGUCCAUUCUGUGACAUUUCACUCCGAGUCGGCUCCAACGCUGAGCUUGUUCUCCGAGAACUGUACAGCUUUGCAUCACAUCACACGCAUUCAUCCUCCAAAACCUCCUUUUCCUUCCUUCGUGCUACUGGCGCUCUCCACACGGAUUUCAUAUACAGCAAUAAUCCAACACAGCACGUCCGCACUGUUUACAUCGGUACCAUGCGAUUUUGUAGUACUAAUACCGGCGUGGUUCAGCCUAGUAGCGCUACCGAAGCGACGAGGUGAUAGUCACGUCCAACUUGAAGGCGAGGUCACCAUCGCGGCUGCCUUUUGUUGCCAGUCAGACCGCAGAAUAGUGUAGAGCUUCCGCAAACGAUAGUGUAAACCUUCCUCAUCGCCAGGCCUCCCGGAGCCCCUGGAAACUCCUCCGAAUAUCGCACGAGUUCCUGAGCCUCGACUGAGCAUUCCUAAGCUCCAGGGUCCGGCUCUGACGCGUCUUGAACUUCUGAUAUCGCGGAGGAUGAAGCUGGAAGACGUGGCUAUGAAAAUGGCCAUGACCGGCGGCCUCGCCGGCUUCGCCGGCCUCACCGGCCUCGCCGCCGGUGGCUUCACGGCGAAAGAGCCCGCCGCCGCCAUCUCGCUCCCCUCCGUCGCCUCCUCGUCGCCGCAUCACCAUGGGGGUCCGUCGCACAUCAAUCUCAGCUUCAGGUCGCACGAUGAUCUCACGCUGUGCGAAGGCCGCGUGUGCGACCGUCACGGCGUCGCUUACUCCUCCUGCGCGCAACACGCUCACAGUGUGCGAUCGGCGUGGGCGGCGCGGCGAGGCUCCGAAUCCAUGCUCUCGCCCCUCCAUUCCCGCAUCGCCUUCUCCCAUUUCUCCAGAACCUCCUCCUGCAACGGCGCCUCCUGCGCCGUAUCCUGCGGCGCGCCCUGCGGUGCGUCCUGCGGCGGCGUUUCGCGCUGCUGCUUGAAUCAAGCCGCGGCGUGCUCUGCGGCGGCGUCUCGAGCGGGAUUCGCUGGGAGUUGCCUCGCUCAGUCACCAGCUGGCUACGCAGUCUCCUGUCAGCCCCAAGUUAUCAAGCGGCGACGCUCCUUGUUGUCACUUGCCACCUCAGCGUCCACGUCACCCGUGCUGGACAAACAACAUCAUCAUCAUUAUCAGCAGCAGCAUCCGCAGCAGCAGCAGCAUCCAUACGAGCAUCAAGUGCUCGCAGCGCAGCACGGGUUGAUAACUCUUGACGACCAUGGCAAGCCCCGUUCCGCGACAGGCGGCGUCAUUGGCGGCGCUGUGAAUCAGCCCAGCGACACAAGCGACGUGCCUCUGCAACAAGCUGGCAGCUUCUCAACCCGCCGUCGCACAGGGUGUUUGCGACGCAAGGCGAUUUGGAGAUCGACGAAUACAAGCCCGGUAACUUCCGUAACAACCCAAUCGCCCACGGGGAGCGACGACAUUCCGAACAUUGGCGGAAUCAUGGGAGUGGGAGCAAGCGCAGCGAGGCUCGGAGCCAUGCCUUCCACCCGUUCGGCUCCGAACCUGCACGCGCUGAAUCAGCGGCAGACCCUGCGAGUGUCCUCGUCACAGCCUGACUCGAUACAUCCUGACACAGUGCUACAGUAUGACCUGGCAGCAUCGAGCACGCUGCCAGCCCAGCAGUCGCUGCUGCUGCAGCAGCUGCAGCAGAUGGAGCAGGUGGAAUCCACCCCCACAGAAUACCAGCGCAAGGACUCCGCCUUCCUUCCUGGUGCAGUCGGUGCAGCUGGUGCAGCUGGUGCUGCUGCUGCAGCUGCAAUAGGUCCUGCAGCAGCAGUGUCAGCCUUGACCCAGCAACUGCCGGCCUCUGCCUCGUCCCAUCAGCGCACCCAGCAUCGGCCCCUCUUUGACAGCCUGUGGAUGGACGACAGCGAUGCGUUCACUGCUCUCAACACGGCGCAGCCCUUCACCCCUGUUAAUGCAGCCUCCCUCAAGAGGCCGCGGCAGCACCUGCUGUCAUCUCUGGAGCCGCUUUCGGCUCUCCCUGCCAUCCCGGCUGCCUCUGCUAUCAUUGCUGACGUGGAGGCCUCUGCGCUGAGCAGCGCUGGCAAGCGGUCGUGGCGGCGCGCUACACGGGCGGAGAAGGGCACAUGGCAGGAGAAGGAGAAGGGAAAGGAGAAGGCGAAGGAGAAGACGGCAAGCAGCGGUGCGGCGCCUGUUCGCAUUGUCAAGGAUGGGCUGGCCGAGCUUGAGGCCUUCAUGGAAGCUUCCAUGGGGAGAAUGCCGCAGAGUCCAGCUGGCCAGGCAGGGCAGGAGGGGCUGAAACCGCUUGACGUGGUGGUGAUGGGGCUGCAGGUCGGGGGUGCGCUUGGAACGAAGGAUGGGGGGAGUGUAGGAGGAGAGUGGGGGCAGGAGAAGGCGUGGGGAGGGGAGCAAGAGGGUGGUGGGAGCAUGGAGCCGCCAGUGCAGGGAGAUGUGGCAGGGGAGACUGCGACAGGUGGCGACUGCAUGGCGUCUGGUGUGGAUGGUGCAGCUGCUGCUGCCCUUGAUCUGGACCUCAGGCUGUAGGAGUGAUAGAUCCUAAGCAUGCUGCUUGAGAGCUGUUUAUUCACGCGUCAGGCUCAGGACAGGAGUUGCGAGGGGCCGCAAAAUAAGCAUGCUGCUUGUGGGUCGCUCAAUUUGGACAGAGGCUGUAGCUGAGGGAGGUGCUGCUGCUGGUGUGAGCUGCGCGGUUGUUUCUGUAGCCUCUAGUAGUCUGGAGAUCUGAUGACUAGUUUUUGCCCAUACUGCUGCUGCAGUUGGGUUAUGGUGUACCUAUCCGACUUCAUGUACCAUAUGGCAUAGCAUGUUUAUAGUUUAACCGAG